AGGAGGAGGAGGAGGAGAAGGAGCCGUCGCAGGAUGAAGGAUCGGACUCAGGAGCUGCGGAGUGCGAAAGACAGUGAUGAUGAAGAGGAGGUGGUCCAUGUGGAUCGGGACCACUUCAUGGACGAGUUCUUUGAACAGGUGGAAGAGAUCCGGGGCUGCAUUGAGAAGCUGUCAGAGGAUGUGGAGCAAGUGAAAAAACAGCAUAGUGCCAUCCUGGCCGCCCCCAACCCAGAUGAGAAGACCAAACAGGAGCUGGAGGACCUCACUGCAGACAUCAAGAAGACAGCCAACAAGGUUCGGUCCAAGUUGAAAGCAAUCGAACAAAGCAUUGAACAAGAGGAGGGGCUGAACCGUUCCUCCGCGGACCUGCGCAUCCGCAAGACCCAGCACUCCACACUGUCCCGGAAGUUCGUGGAAGUAAUGACCGAAUAUAACGCGACCCAGUCCAAGUACCGGGACCGCUGCAAGGACCGGAUCCAGCGGCAGCUGGAGAUCACUGGAAGGACCACGACGAACGAAGAACUGGAAGACAUGCUGGAGAGCGGGAAGUUGGCCAUCUUCACGGAUGAUAUCAAAAUGGACUCACAGAUGACAAAGCAGGCACUGAAUGAGAUCGAGACGAGGCACAACGAGAUCAUCAAACUGGAAACCAGCAUCCGAGAGCUGCAUGACAUGUUUGUGGACAUGGCCAUGCUCGUGGAAAGCCAGGGUGAGAUGAUUGACCGCAUCGAGUACAACGUGGAACAUUCCGUGGACUAUGUGGAACGAGCUGUGUCCGACACCAAGAAAGCUGUGAAAUAUCAGAGCAAGGCCCGGAGGAAGAAAAUCAUGAUCAUCAUUUGCUGUGUGGUGCUGGGGGUGGUCUUGGCGUCAUCCAUUGGGGGGACGCUGGGCUUGUAGGCCCCCCACGCCUGUCUCUCCCAGACCCUUCCCCCACCACAUUGGGAGCAAUACCCCCACCACCCCUUUCACUCCAUCCCCUGCUCCAGGCUCACCCCCGAGACAGACCCAGGCAGCCCCCCUUCCCCACCUCCUGUCAGACCCUGGAGUCCCUGGACCUCACCCCGCCAUGGACCACCCCCGGCCCCGCACGUAGAUAGCAGCAGGCGUGAUUACACAUGCACACCAACAUGCAUGCCGCCGGCACAUGCUCAAGACGUGUGGACACCCCAGCGUGUGUGUGUGUGUGAGUGUGUCCGUGUGUAGAUGUGUGUAGAAGCACCAAAUCACCUUUCUGGCCCCCACCUCAAGUCUGUGUGUCGUCUGAGCGUCCCCCCUUCACCUGGCCUGUCCUGUAUAGACUGUGGCCAGGGGCCCACCAAGCCCCGGUCUGUUUUCUGUGAAUAGGUGUGUGUGUGUGUGUGGCCACAGCUCCACGGAUGCCAUCGGUGUACGUGGACUUCUGUGUCUGAGUGUUUGGAUUCGGUACAACAGCACUUCCUUCCAUGACCCCCGCCUCCGCCGUGCCUGCUCUAGAGACGGCGGGCUGUGAGUGCACGGGGGCUCACACUCGCAUUCGCGGACGAUCCAGGUCAGCCCCGGUGCACAGAGGCCAUGGCAGACACCCCGGUGUGAUGUUGAGCAAACCCCAGGGAGUGUGUGUGUGUGUGCGUGUGCGUGCGCGUGUGCACGACGUGUGUGCAUUGUGAGCCUGUGGAGUGUAACCAAGGUGAGUGGAAGCAUACACGUACCCGUAACCCAGCUCAGCCUGUCUGUACGUGUGCACUUCUCCCAGCAGGUAGUGUGAGGAGUGCGUGUGUGCGUGCGUGUGUGCGUGCGUGUGCGUGUGUGUCCAGGAUGUGCUUCAGGUGUUGGUAGGUCUUGUCCUCAGACGGAGCCCUCCGUGUUGGGUGGGCACAAAAAAUCUGUAUUUCUGUGCUAUGUAGACUAUGUCUGUGUGUGAGUGUGUGUGUGUGUGAGUGAGUGUGAGGCUUUCUACAUAGUGUGUCUCUGCCCGCCUGUGUGUCCUGUGCACACGUGUGUGCUUCUUUAAACCUGUGUGCCCCGUCCCGGGUGGUUCACCCAGCUGUAUUUGCCCUCUCCCUCUCUCCCCAGAGCUGCUGACCAACAUCUGGUGUGGCCUCACACCGUUCCACCAACACUGUGCAACUGGCGCUUCCUGCCCUGCCAGGUCUCCGAGCCCCCGUGCACACAUGCCCACGUGCCAGUCUUUUCCAUGUCUCUGCCAGAGGGUAGCCCUGCAGCUGGGAGAGCGGGGGUACGUCCGUGUGCUCACACGUGCCCAGGCCGAGGAGGCCCCGCGCGGGUGCCCCCCCAGCCCCGGGCGCGGCCAUGUCCGCCGACGCGGCCAAGCUGCCCACACGCCGGUGCCGCCUGGAAGGGCUCUUUGUGGGACGUGUUACCGGUGAGGGGCAUGUCCAGGGCUGCCCCGGACCGAUUGAAAAGGAGGGCACUCGCGCCUUGCACACGUUUCCCGCAGAACUGGGAGAGGCCAGGGUGUGUCUUCAGCCCUCCCUUGGAGGCCCCGGGCUCUGCCGGUGUGGCGGCCUCCGCCCCAGGGGAGCUGAGUCCCGGGACCCCUCCCCUGGACACAUCUCCUGCUAGAUGUCGGCCAUGGCUGUCCCCGACCCUGCCCCGGGUGGAGACUGAGGUGGCGCACGGGCCCGGGUGUCUGAGGGCGAGGAAGAGGCCAGCGCCUCCCUCGCUGCGUGGACCACACCUGCCCGAGGCACGGGUGGGUUCGCGAGGCUGGUGGCAGGCGGGAGGUGCCUGAGCCAAGGACCCACGUGGACGCGAGUGUAUACCCAGGGCUGGGCGUGCGUGUGCACAGGGUGAAGGGGUCGCGUACGUGUGUGCAGAUUGUUUCCCAGGGUCCCGCUUCCUGUGCAGUGUGUGUGAGUGUGAGAGACACAGAGACAGGGAGCCAAUGCAGAUGUGGCCUUCCAGAACACAAUACCCCUCCCGCCCGCCCCCCCCCCAGCUCCUGUAGCUGACCCCUUCCCUACCUGAGCUGUCUGAGCCCCGCCUGUGUGAGGCCGGUCGUUACAGCCCCCACGGUGGGCUCUCUCGACGAGGGGAGCCUGCCCGUCCCUUCCAAGAAUGUCCUUCUGCAGGACGGGAAGUUUGCCCCGGCAUCUAAUUACAGCCCUCGUGCUCCCAUGUCAGCCACCUUUGGGGACGUCAGAACGGGCCCCGGCACCCCCGCCCUUUUCCCUUCCUGCCGCCGAGCCAGGACGGCCUUGCAGCCCCGGUGUUCCCGGAAUUCCCACAGCCCUGGGGCCACGAGCGCGAGGGCGGAGCCGCGGCUGGAGUGUUGCCGUGGCCUCCGUGAGUGGUGUCAGGCCCACGUCUCUGGGAGGAUCCCCGAGGGGCUGCUGUGCCGCAGCUUCUUCAAGUCCCCACAUCAUGUGACGGCCGCUUGUCGGCUGCUGUGUCGGUGUGUGUCGUGGACCGUUGUCUGGGGGCUGGUGUCACGCAUGUUCUCGGACGAGUGUGUGCGGCUCUCCCUCCACGCACCUGCGACCCCCAAGCCCAUGUGUGCCCCGUGGGUGGCCCUGGGCCUGGCCGGGCCUCGCUGCUUUCCUGUCCCCCCCCCCCCCCAGCCCUGCCUCUCACGAAGCACACUGCGUGUCCAUCCCAUGUGCCUGUCGGGCGAUGCACGCUCUUGCCACGCGUUGAGCGUGUGUACAUGAUGUGUUCUAUGCAUUCGCCCUGUCCCCCCAGCCCGCCCCGUACAGGACAAGAUGGGUGGCCCCCGGCUCCCCGCCCCCCCCCCCCGGCCCGCUGUGCAGCCGUGUGCGUUGGCGUGUGUUUCCGUGUCGCUGGCGUGUCACGUGACGUAGCCGUGUUUGCUGACAUGAGCCCUUGCCCCUUCUGUUUCUCCGUUGGUUUCUAGAGUUCUUUCCCUCUCCUCUCCGGAGGGGACAGGACUCCUGGGGCCUGGCUGGGGGCCCAGAGCCAGGCCACCCUCUCCUGUUAGCCCUCAGAGUCCCAUCUCUCUCUAUUGGUGACCAAGUUGCAAAUGGAUAAAACACAGGAAAAUUCUGCCCCCCCCACCCCGCCCUGCAUGUCCUGUCCCCAGAGCCCCCCCACCCCCACCGCGGGCCGGGUUGGGCCCCGUGGGACGGGAGAAAUAGCAACCAAUCCAACAGCGGG